AUGCGCAAGGACGUCCGCAUCGUCCUUGCAGGCGACCCAGACGUUGGCAAGUCGACCCUCAUCACCUCGCUCGUUAAAGAAGCCUACGUGGCCAAGGUACAAAAGGUCGUCCCGCCCAUCACACUUCCUCCAGAGGUCGCACCGGAGGCCGUCGUGACCAAGAUCGUCGACACAAGCUCCAGCCCAGAGCACCGCGGCAACCUCGAGGCCGAACUCCGCCGCGCCAAUGUCAUUUGCAUCGUUUACUCGAUCUCAGCACCCUCUUCCUUCGAUCGUAUACCCACCUACUGGCUGCCUUACAUCCGCUCAUUAGGCAUCAAUGUUCCCGUCAUCCUCGUGGGCAACAAGAUCGACCUCAGAUCCGGCGACGUGACCAAUGCUGCCCUCGAAGAUGAGUUGGCGCCCGUCAUGGCAGAAUUCAAGGAGGUUGAGACCUGCGUCGAGUGCUCAGCGCGCAUUCCGCUCAACGUCAGUGAGGUCUUUUACUUUGCUCAGAAAGCCGUUCUCUAUCCGACAGCACCGCUUUACGACAGUCGAGAGCACGUGCUCAAACCAGCCUGCGUCGAUGCGCUCAAGCGCAUAUUUCGACUCUGCGACUCGGACAAGGAUGGACUGCUCAGCGACGCGGAACUCAACGACUUCCAACGCAAGUGCUUCGACACACCGCUUCAAGCACAGGAGCUUGAAGGCAUCAAAGAUCUCGUCGUCCAAGCACCCAUCGCCGGCCUGCGCUACAGCCACGAGAACGGCAGCGUAGCCGCUUCGGGAUCGAGCGCCAAUGGUGAUGCCCCCUCACAUCACCCACACCUGCGCGAAGGAAGCCUUACCAUGGCCGGUUUCCUCUACCUUCACACGCUCUUCAUCCAACGAGGGCGGCUCGAGACCACCUGGACAGUCUUGCGCACCUUUGGGUACGGCGUCGACCUUAGUCUGGAAGAUUCGUUUGUUAAGCCUACCUUUGCAGUGCCGCCGGAAUGCUCGGUAGAGCUCUCUCCCAACGGAUACCAGUUCUUGACCGACAUCUUUGAGGUGCACGACAAGGAUCGCGACGGCGCGCUUAGCGAGGAGGAGCUCGACAGUCUCUUUGUCACUGCACCAGACAACCGCCAUCCUUGGCAAGGUACGGGCUUCCCUGCCUCCACCAUCACCGACGAGCAUGGCGCCGUCACGUUGCAAGGCUGGCUUGCGCAGUGGAGUAUGACUACGUUGCUGGACCAUCGUACCACAUUGGCCUACCUGGCCUACCUCGGAUAUCCCUCGUUCCCUCUGGCAGGUUCAUCUAGCAGCUCUUCCACCCCGGCGCCAAUACCGCUCACGCCCACCGGCCCACCUGGCUCGCGACCCUCACGCAACCGCACACCAUGUCCGCCUUCCACGACCACAGCGUUGAAGCUCACGCGACCAAGAAAGACGGACAAGAAGAAGAAGGGCGCGAUCCAGAGGAGCGUAUUCCUCGGCUUUGUGCUUGGCGCAGCGGGCAGCGGCAAAACAGCCAUCCUGCGCAACAUGGUCGGCAAGCGCUUCGCAAAUGGGUACGAGCCGACGCAAAAGAUGAUGAGCGUGGUGAGUACCGUGGAGCAGGCUGGAGCGGAGCGGUAUCUUGUGUUGCAGGAGUUUGGGUCGCGCUACGAGGCUGAAGUGCUGCGCAACACGGCCAAGCUGUCGGCUGCCGACGUCAUCGUGUUUGUCUACGAUUCGAGCGACACCAACUCGUUCAGCUACAUUUCCAACUUGCGCCAGCAGUAUCCGUUGUUGCAGUCGAUGCCGUCGCUGUUCGUCGCUACCAAGGCUGAUCUUGACCUGGCACAGCAACGCCACGAGGUGCAGCCAGAUACCUAUUGCCGCAAGCUAGGCCUCAAGAUUCCGGGCCUGGGAGCAGGACCUCUCAACAUCAGCAUCCGCGAUGGCCAGUCGGCGGACCUGUACGGUGUCAUCUGUGCGAUCGCUGUCGAUCCGAAAGGAGCCGUGCAGGGCGGCAACGAUCGCAAUGCACUCAGCUUUGGAACGAAUCGAUGGCAAUUCUGGGGCUACAUUGGACUCGUCGUGAUUGGCGGCGGAGGAGCCGUGUGGAUUUGCGCGAGGGUGCUCAAAGUGCCCAUCGGAAGCACUCUCGGCUUCGGAGGCAAUGCGUCGUCGGCAAGCUGGUGGUCGUCGGGCGCACAAGCUCGCGGUGCGGGCGACCCCAACGCCACCAAGGUCUCGAGUUGGCUCGACUGGAUCCGCUGGCAAGGAUCGUCCGGUGUGAGAAGCGAGCUCUGA